UUAUUCUUGACGGGAGCGGGAAUGAGAAAUGUCACCAUGCCUACUUUAGUACAAGUUGCUAUGGUGUGGUGCUGAGCUUUGCUCAUGGCUGCAAGCGUCUCGUCCGCGCUGCUGCUCCUGCUCAACAUAGCGGGAGCAUUGCUCUCGCCGCGCGCUCCUCCGACUCUGGCUCCCACUCCGGCCACCUUAGCCGUCGCCGGCGAUGCCGAAGACGUCGACUUCUUGUUCUUACCCUUUCUGGUGCUCUACAAGAGUGGCCGCGUCGUGCGGUUCAUGGGCACGGACACCGUCCCGGCCUCGACGGAUCCCGCCACCGGCGUGGCGUCCAGGGACGUGGUCAUCGACGCCGACGCCGGCCUCGCCGUCCGUCUCUACAUGCCGAACGUCGCGAACUUGACGGCGGGGGAGCGGGGGCGGAGCGGCAAGCUGCCGCUGGUGGUGUACUACCACGGCGGCGCGUUCGUCACGGAGUCGGCCUUCUCGCCGACGUACCAGAGGUACCUCAACGCGCUGGCGUCGAAGGCCGGGGUGCUCGCCGUGUCCGUGGAGUACCGCCUCGCGCCGGAGCACCCGCUCCCGAGGGCCUACGACGAUGCCUGGGCGGCGCUCCGGUGGGUGCUCGAGAACGCGCGGUCGUCCGGGCCGGAGCCCUGGCUGUCGCGCCACGCCGACGUGACGAGGCUCUUCCUGGUCGGGGACAGCGCCGGCGGCAACAUCGCGCACAACACGGCGAUGCGCGCCGGCAGGGAGGGGCUGCACGGCGGCGCGACCGUCCGGGGCAUGGUGCUGCUCGACCCGUACUUCUGGGGGAAGCGGCCGGUGCCGUCGGAGACGCGUGACCCGGCGGCGCGGCGGUGGCAGGAGCGGACGUGGGGCUUCGUGUGCGCGGGGCGGUACGGGGUGGACGACCCGGUGAUCGACCCAGUGGCCAUGCCGCGCGAGGAGUGGUGGCGGCUCCGGCGCGCGCGCGUGCUGGUGACGGUGGCGGCGCUCGACGCGCUGAGCGCGAGGGGCCGCGCCUACGUCGAGGCGAUCAGGGCGAGCGGCUGCGCCGGCGAGGCUGCGCUCUACGAGACGCCCGGCGAGAGGCACGUCUACUUCCUCCUGGAGCCCGACGGCGAGAAGGCGGCGAAGGAGAUGGAGGCAGUGGUCGCGUUCAUCAAUGGAGAUCAACGGACCACAGCUUCAAGAAUGGAUGCUUCUACUGGUUAGCAGCAUAGGUUUACACAAUUCAGGACGAGCAG